CACUAACCAGAGCAGCCAGAAGGAAAAGCUCUGUGUCUGUAUGCAAUGGAAACCCAAUGGAUCACCAUAUUCUUCACUUUAUAUGGAGGCUUUUAUCAUGGAGUUCUCUCAGAGCCAGGGUUUGUCAGUGGACAGAUGCCUCUGGAGGCCUGCUGUAGGAAUGGAAGAGCCUUUGGUCUGAGCAAUCAACACUGUGCCUCCCUCCCACAUAUACCCCAGUCCUUCCCCUGCAGUGUGGUUCAGAAGCAAUGUUGUGACACUGCAGUAAAAGAUAGACUCUGUGCAAAGGGAAUGGACAGCGCCAAGAAACAAGGAGUGUGUGAGCUCUCAUCCUUCCAUGAAGAUGCCUGUGAAGCCAAGACAUCCCAGAUGUGCUGUGAAUGUUGUGUGCUCGGCUUGCUGGCUCAGAAGGAAUCCCAUGAGUGUGCACUGCGGAUAUCUGUCAGUGUAUCCUGCCAGAGCAUUGCCCAGGCCUGUUGCGAGGGCAGACGGUACAGUCUGCUCACCCUGGGGAUACAAGUGUCACCUCACCUGAAUAACACCGCUGCUGCCAACAGAGGGCAUACAGGGAGCACUGACUUAUGUGCUGAAGGGGUUACGAGAUGCUCUCAGCUGUGUGUUGGAAAUGGCUCCUGUGUGUGUCUGAAGGGCUACCGCCUUAAAUUUGAUGGCUACAGCUGUGAAGAUUACAACGAGUGUCUGGCAGGUGUUCAUAGCUGCAGGCCGGGGGAGAGGUGCAUUAACACUCAGGGCUCGUACCGCUGCCAGAGAGAGACCAGCUGUGGCACAGGCUACGAGCUGACUGACAGCAACACCUGCAAUGAUAUUGACGAGUGUGUGGAAGGGACACAUAACUGUGGCCCCGAGUUCACGUGUCAGAACACUCCCGGCUCAUUCCGCUGCCAUCCACGACAGCAGUGCAGUGUCGGCUUCAUCCAGGACGCUGCUGGAAGCUGCAUUGACAUUAAUGAGUGUGUAAAUGAGAACAGUCCAUGCCAGCCCGGUCAGACGUGUUUAAACACAGUGGGUUCUUACAUCUGCCAGAAGUUUCCGGUGAUCUGUGGACGUGGAUAUCACCUGAACAGAGAGGGCACACACUGCUUAGAUGUGGAUGAGUGCAGUGGUCAGCAUGGGCCCUGCCAGGGCCACGACUGUGUGAACCUUCUGGGCACCUUUCGCUGUGAGUGUCGUUCUGGCUUCACUUUCAACACCAUCAGCAGGAGGUGUGAGGAUAUUGAUGAAUGCAGAAAACACCUUGGACGCCUGUGUGCACAUAAUUGUGAGAACACUCCUGGAUCUUACCGCUGCAGCUGCAACACUGGAUUCAGGCUAGCCAACGAUCGCAGGAAUUGUGAAGAUGUGAAUGAAUGUGAGAGCAGCCCAUGUAGCCAAGAGUGUGCCAAUGUCUACGGGUCCUACCAGUGUUACUGUCGCCGUGGAUACCAGCUCAGCAGUAUGGAUAGGGUCACAUGUGAAGAUAUUGAUGAAUGUGCCUUGACCUCUGGGGGCAAAGUCUGCUCCUAUCAUUGUUUGAACACUCCUGGAAGCUUCGAAUGCACCUGCCCCCAAACAGGUUACACACUCGCCUCCAACGGACGCACCUGCCAGGACAUUGAUGAGUGUGCAGCUAGAACACACACCUGCUCUGCCACACAGAGCUGCUUCAAUGUACAGGGUGGAUUCCGCUGCUUGUCGUUUGAGUGUCCACCCAACUUCCGCCGCGCAGCAGACAGGCGCUGUGAGCGUUUGCCUUGUGAGCAGAGCAGUGAGUGUCUCUCCCUGCCACUCAGAAUCUCCUUCUACAACCUCACCUUUCCCACCAACAUCCCCACACCUGCCGCUGUGUUCCGCAUGGGCCCGUCCAGCUCCAUCCCUGGAGACGACGUCCAGCUUACCAUCGUGGACGGUGAUGCGGAAGGGUUCUUCAGUGCUCAGAAGAUGGCCCAUGGUGGGGUGAUCUCUCUGCAGAGGCCGCUUGCUCAGCCCCGGGACUUCCUGCUGACUGUGGAGAUCAGACUGAUUCGAUACGGCUCAGUGAGCCUUUUUGUGGCUAAGAUUGCUGUGUUUGUGGUUAAUGACCAGCCCAUUUUGGCCAUGCCGUCACCUUAAAAUGUCAAUAACCUGCAUUUGUCAUUUGUUUUCCCUGAGCUCCACUUAUGAUUUGUGUGAGGUUAUGUAGCAAUAACAGCCAUAAUUAAUUCUUUUGUCUAUUCAAAUUACACAAGCUGUAAGACUGUUAUGUGUAAGAAACCUCUGUUCAGACUGACUGCCCUGCAUUGAGCCUCAUUCAAAUAGCUAAACACUGAGACCCUGAAACAUGUUUUAUAACAACAACUUAAUGUACAUAACAUAAACUGUUGUACAUGGAAUAGACAGAUUUAGAGUGUAUGGCAAGGUUUAAGCACCCCUAGUCAAAAAAGUUUUUUAUGAACACAUCCUCUGCAGAGAACACACUUCUGCACGUUUAAUGCACAGUUACUGUUUAUUUGCU